CAAGAUGGCGGCUCCCAGAAGCUGUGGUCUAUGGCGCUACUGCUGCCGCGGGUGGUCGCGGGCAACGGGAGACUGCGGGCUCCCCGGGUUUCAUAGAUUCUGGCUCGGAGCCACGCCGAGUGCGCGGUCCUUGUCCCAAGAGAAGCGAGCCGCAGAAACGCACUUCGGGUUUGAGACUGUGUCCGAGGAGGAGAAAGGGGGCAAAGUCUAUCAGGUGUUUGAGAGUGUGGCCAAGAAGUAUGACGUGAUGAAUGACAUGAUGAGUCUCGGCAUCCAUCGUGCUUGGAAGGAUUUGCUCAUCAGGAAAAUGCACCCAUUGCCCGGGACCCAACUGCUUGAUGUGGCUGGAGGCACAGGUGACAUUGCAUUCCGGUUCCUUCGUUAUGUUCAGGCACAGCAUCAGAGGAAACAGAGGAGACAGUUACGGGCUCAGCAAAAUUUAUCCUGGGAAGAAAUUGCCAAAAGGUACCAGAAUGAAGAGGACCCCUUAGGUGGUUCACUUGUCACGGUCUGUGACAUCAACAGGGAGAUGCUAAAGGUUGGAAAGCAGAAAGCCGUGGACCAAGGACACACAGCCGGACUUGCAUGGGUACUGGGAGAUGCUGAAGAACUGCCCUUUGAUGAUGACAAAUUUGAUGUUUACACCAUUGCUUUUGGGAUCCGGAAUGUCACACACAUUGACCGGGCACUCCAGGAAGCCCAUCGGGUCCUAAAGCCAGGAGGACGGUUUCUCUGUCUGGAGUUUAGCCAAGUGAAUGAUCCCCUCAUAUCCAGGCUUUAUGAUCUGUACAGUUUCCAGGUGAUCCCUGUCAUUGGGGAGGUCAUUGCAGGAGACUGGAAGUCCUAUCAGUACCUUGUGGAAAGUAUUCGGAAGUUCCCAAAUCAGGAAGAGUUCAAGGAGAUGAUUGAGGAUGCAGGCUUUCAGAAGGUGACCUAUGAAAACCUGACAACAGGAAUCGUGGCCAUUCAUUCUGGCUUCAAACUUUAGCUCCUUUCUGUGUGCAGCACAAACCGGUCAUUUGAGCGGAGGUCUGGAGCUGGAAGAUAAUCUCCCCGAUGAGACAGUAGCUGAGCAUCGCUCUUCUCUUGAAGGCCAUCAAACCUUAGGUUCAUGUUCUGCAUUGACCAGUCUCAAAAAGGAAGAAACAAACCCCUGCUGGUUUUUGCAGCUCUCAUUAGUAGCUGCCCGGGCCACCAGGGCCUUCUCCCAGAAGUGUCUGGUCUGGUUUUGCUGAACUCCUGCUAACACUUGGCUGUGCAGUGUGGAGUCAGGUAAAACCAGCACUCACACAGUGCUGAAACUUCCUCAUAGCUCGUCUGUCACAGACGCCUUCCAGAGGGAUAAUGAAUCACUGGACCCCAAGGAUGGUUUGAACCAGCCCUUCAGACUAGUGUUGAAUCUGGGGCCAAAAGCCCAGGUCCACGUCAGAACACUGGCAAUAUUAGAACCCUGGGCUGGUGAGGUGCUCAUCGGUGAGCACAUUUUAGACUAACCAGGGGCUGAAGGUGCGGUUCAGUGGGAGAGCACAUGCUUAGCCUGUUGAGGGCUUGGGUUUGGUUCUCAUCACCAGAAGCAAACAAACAAAAGUAGGGUUUUGUAAAGCAGUAAAGUUUACAUUGUGGGUGCUAUUUGUCCCUUUUUCUUGGGGGAGGUGAAACAAAGGUAGUGCAUGUCAGCACCCUUCUGUCAGUCUUGUCAGCAGGCACCAUUCUCGUGUCCAUUAUCAGGAAAGCAGUCUUAGUAAACAGGGCUUGUCAGAAUACAUUUAUACAUGUAAAAAGAAAGAAGAGAGAGUGGGGAAGGAAAUAAUUUAUAACAGGGUUGGGAGAUGACUCAGUGGGUAAGUGCACUCACUAUGCUUGCAAAUUGAAGUUUGGUUCCCAGCACCCACGUGGUGGUUCACAACCAUCUGUAGCUUAUGCUAGGGGACCCAAUACCUCUUUUGACCUCUAUGGGCACUGUGCACACACAUACAUGCAAACAGUGAUACACAUAAACAGUAAAACAGAUAUAAAUCUAAAGAAUACAUGUACUUAUGAGCCUUGAAUGAUGGCACAAACUGCAGCCUCAGCACCCAGGUGGCAGGAGGACGGCUG